AUGGACCUGAAACCAUCGAAGCAGCUCGUCGGCUCCCCUGCCCUACUAGGAUAUUGUGCUGCCCAUCGUAUUCAAUGGACAUUUAUUGCGGAACGAGCACCCUGGUGGGGAGGGUUCUGGGAGCGACUCGUCCACUCGGUGAAGGAUGCAUUGCGCAAGACUCUGGGACGUAACUCGUUCACCUUCGAGCAACUGAAUACUAUCUUAAUAGAGAUCGAAGCCACCAUUAAUUCACGCCCUUUGACCUACAUUUCCGAUGACCCCCGAGACUUCUCCCCCCUUUGUCCCUCUCACGUCCUUGUUUGGAAGCGUCUCACACAACUACCAGGUUUUUCCCUGCUCCGCGACGACCACAAUCAAACCCGCUCAUCGCUCAUUGACAGAGCCCAGCGCCGUCAAGAUAUGCUUGCUGACUUCUGGCGUAGGGGGACUCGGGAGUACAUCUCCGAAUUGCCGCCUGCUCACCGGUUUCAACACCUCACGGUCGUGCCUUUUGCAGUACGCGAGUUAGUACUCCUGUCUUCCACUCACCAAGCCAGAGCCCUGUGGCCAAUCGGACGGAUUACUGAGGUUCAACCAGGACGCGACGGCGUCAUCCGGGCAUGCAAAGUGAUCCUUCCCAGUGGCUCAAUUUCUCGACGGCCCCUUCAACUUCUACACAAACUGGAAGUCUAG